GGAUGUCUGGAGGCGAGGCGUCCCAUUACAGAGCAAGGAGCUCGCUAUAUAAGCCAGUCAAAGCUGGCUGCUCUGGCCACAGCCUGCCUACUGUCACACGCUCUCCAGCGCGCAGACACACGCGCUCACCUCCCGGCUACACAAAGACAGCUAGGCUGAGGACGCCGGACCGCGCACGUGGGAACCGCUGCUGCUCGCCAGGUCCGCGCUCCGGGGAGCCUGUGAGCACAGGUCCUGGGUCUUCCCAACCAGGGACAGAAAAACGUUCUUUCGGGAAGAUUGACGAUGACUGAUUUGGAUGCUACUCUGUGCUUCUAAUUUCCAAGUUAGUACAAGACUAAGAGACUCUAGAACCCCAGAAACACCUUGCCAAGCCCACCUCUAUCAUGGGAGCCAUGACUCGGCUAUUACUGGGAAUCUUCCUAGCUUUGCUUGUGCUCCCUUCAGAAAGUGGGGUCCUCAAAAAAGUUAUCAGGCACAAGCGGCAGAGUGGGGUGAAUGUCACCCUCCCAGAGGAGAACCAGCCAGUGGUGUUUAACCAUAUCUACAACAUCAAGCUGCCCAUGGGAUCACAGUGUUCUGUGGAUCUGGAAUCGACCAGUGGAGAGAAGGACCUGGCCCCUCCUUCAGAGCCCAGCGAAAGCAUCCAAGAACACACAGUGGAUGGGGAAAACCAAAUCGUCUUCACGCACCGCAUCAACAUCCCCCGCCGGGCCUGUGGUUGUGCUGCUGCUCCAGACGUCAAGGAGCUCCUGAGCAGGCUGGAGGAGCUGGAGCUCAUGGUAUCCUCCCUGAGGGAGCAGUGCACCAUGGGAACAGGUUGCUGUCUCCAACCUGCAGAAGGCCGCCUGGACACCAGGCCCUUCUGCAGUGGCCGAGGUAACUUCAGCACUGAAGGGUGUGGCUGCGUGUGCGAGCCUGGCUGGAAAGGCCCCAACUGCUCCGAGCCCGAGUGUCCAGGCAACUGUAACCUGCGAGGCCAGUGCCUGGAGGGACAGUGCGUCUGUGAGGAGGGCUUCACGGGCGAGGACUGCAGCCAGCUGGCCUGUCCCAGUGACUGCAAUGACCAGGGCAGGUGUGUGGACGGGGUCUGCAUCUGCUUUGAAGGCUACGCGGGGGCUGACUGCAGCCAGGAAGUCUGCCCGGUGCCCUGCAGUGAGGAGCACGGCAGGUGCGUGGACGGCCGGUGCGUGUGCCAGGAAGGCUUUGCAGGCGACGACUGCAACGAACCCCUGUGUCUCAACAACUGCUAUAACCGCGGGCGCUGUGUGGAGAACGAGUGCGUGUGCGAGGAGGGUUUCACAGGCGAGGACUGCAGUGAGCUGGUCUGCCCCAACGACUGCUUUGACCGUGGCCGCUGCCUCAACGGCACCUGCUACUGUGAAGAGGGCUUCACAGGCGAGGACUGUGGCACACUCACCUGCCCUAAUGACUGCCAGGGGCGGGGCCGGUGUGAGGAAGGCCAGUGUGUGUGUGAUGAAGGUUUUGCCGGUGCUGACUGCAGUGAAAAGAGGUGUCCUGCCGACUGUCACCACCGCGGACGCUGCAUUAACGGGCAGUGUGAGUGUGACGACGGAUUCACGGGACUUGACUGUGGGGCGCUCAAGUGCCCCAAUGAUUGUAGUGGCCAUGGCCACUGUGUCAAUGGCCAGUGUGUGUGUGACGAGGGCUACACAGGGGAGGACUGCAGCCAGCAGCGGUGCCCCAAUGACUGUCACAACCGGGGCCGCUGCAUAGACGGAAAGUGUGUGUGCGAACCAGGCUUCCAGGGCUACGACUGUAGUGACAUGAGCUGCCCCAAUGACUGUCACCAGCAUGGCCGCUGCGUGAAUGGCAUGUGUGUCUGUGACGACGACUACACAGGGGAAGACUGCAGGGACCGCCGCUGUCCCCGGGACUGCAGUAACCGGGGCCGCUGUGUGGACGGGCAGUGCCUGUGUGAGGACGGCUUCACCGGCCCCGACUGUGCAGAGCUGGCCUGUCCCAACGACUGCCACGGCCAAGGCCGCUGCGUGAAUGGACAGUGCGUGUGCCACGAGGGCUUCACGGGCCAAGACUGCAAAGAGCGAAGGUGUCCUGCCGACUGCCACGGCCAGGGCCGCUGCGUGGACGGCCAGUGCGUGUGUCACGAGGGCUUCACAGGCAUGGACUGUGGACAGCGCUCCUGUCUCAAUGACUGCAGCAACUUGGGACAGUGCGUUUUGGGUCGCUGCAUCUGCAACGAGGGCUACUCCGGGGACGACUGCUCACAGGUGUCCCCUCCCAAAGACCUCAUCGUGACAGAAGUGACAGAAGAGACCGUAAACCUGGCGUGGGACAAUGAGAUGCGAGUCACAGAGUACCUCGUAGUGUACACACCCACCCAUGCCAAUGGCCUGGAAAUGCAGUUCCGGGUGCCUGGGGACCAGACGUCCACCAUCAUCCGGGAGCUGGAGCCUGGCGUGGAGUACUUCAUCCGCGUGUUUGCCAUCCUGGAGAACAAGAAGAGCAUCCCCGUCAGUGCCAGGGUCGCCACCUACUUGCCUGCACCUGAAGGCCUAAAAUUCAAGUCCAUCAAGGAGACCUCUGUGGAAGUGGAGUGGGAUCCUCUAGACAUUGCUUUUGAAACAUGGGAGAUCAUCUUCCGGAAUAUGAAUAAAGAAGAUGAGGGAGAGAUCACCAAAAGCCUGAGGAGGCCAGAGACCUCUUACCAGCAAACUGGCCUGGCCCCUGGGCAAGAAUAUGAGAUAUCUCUACACAUCGUGAAAAACAACACCCGAGGCCCUGGCCUGAAAAGGGUGACCACCACCCGCUUGGAUGCCCCCAGCCAAAUCGAGGUGAAAGAUGUCACAGACACCACAGCUCUCGUCACCUGGUUCAAACCCCUGGCUGAGGUCGACGGCAUUGAGCUCUCUUAUGGCAUCAAGGAUGUGCCAGGUGACCGCACCACCAUCGAUCUCACCCACGAUGAGAACCAGUACUCCAUUGGGAACCUGAAGCCCGACACCCAGUAUGAGGUGUCCCUCAUCUCCCGCCGGGGUGACAUGUCCAGCAACCCAGCCAAAGAGACCUUCACAACAGGCCUGGAUGCACCUAGGAAUCUCCGACGCGUCUCCCAGACAGACAGCAGCAUCACCUUGGAAUGGAGAAAUGUCAAGGCAGCCAUCGACAGCUACAGAAUCAAGUACGCACCCAUCUCUGGCGGUGACCACGCCGAGGUCGAUGUUCCAAAGAGUCAACAAACCACAACCAAAACCACACUCACAGGUCUGAGGCCAGGAACCGAGUAUGGGAUUGGAGUCUCCGCUGUGAAGGAGGACAGGGAGAGUGAUCCAGCGACCAUCAACGCUGCCACAGAAAUUGAUGCACCCAAGGAUCUUCAGGCUUCUGAAACCACAGAGAACAGCCUGACCCUGCUGUGGAAGAUGCCACUGGCCAAGUUUGACCGAUACCGUCUCAACUAUAGCCUCCCCACGGGCCAGUCAGUGGAGGACCAGCUGCCGAGAGACACCACCUCAUAUGUGUUACGAGGCCUGGAGCCUGGCCAAGAGUACACCAUCCUGCUCACGGCUGAGAAGGGCAGGCACAAAAGCAAACCAGCCCGCGUGAAGGCCUCCACUGAACAUGUACCCGAACUGGAAAAUCUCACCAUGACUGAGGUUGGCUGGGAUGGCCUCAGGCUCAACUGGACGGUCUCAAGGCUGCCACUCCUUAUAGAGUCUCCAUCUAUGGGGUGAUCCGGGGCUAUAGAACACCGGUGCUCUCUGCUGAGGCCUCCACAGCCAAAGAACCUGAAAUUGGAAACUUAAAUGUUUCUGACAUAACUCCAGAGAGCUUCAAUCUCUCCUGGACAGCUACUGAUGGGAUCUUCGAGACCUUUACCAUUGAAAUUAUUGAUUCCAAUAGGUUGCAGCAGAUGGUGGAAUAUAAUAUAUCCGGCGGUGAACGAACUGCCCACAUCUCAGGGCUCCCCCCUAGUACUGAUUUCAUUAUCUACCUCUCUGGACUUGCUCCUAGCAUCCGGACCGAAACCAUCAGUGCCACAGCCACCACAGAGUCAGAGCCACAGCUGGGCACGCUAAUCCUUAGCAAUGUUACUCCUGACAGCUUCAACGUCUCGUGGACCGCUCAAGCUGGGCUCUUUGCAAAGAUUGUUAUCAAUGUGAGCGAUGUUCACUCACUGCAUGGGUCCCAGCAGCUCACAGUCCCAGGAGACACACAGCAAGCUCACAUCACAGGCUUGGUGGACAACACUGCCUAUGACGUUAGUGUGGCAGGGACCACGUGGGCUGGUGAGGCCACCAGGCCCCUCACUGCUUUUGUCAUUACAGAGGCCUUGCCCCUUCUGGAAAACCUAACCAUUUCCGACAUUAAUCCCUACGGGUUCACAGUUUCCUGGAUGGCAUCGGAGAAUGCCUUUGAGAGCUUUCUAGUAACGGUGGUGGAUUCUGGGAAGCUGCUGGACCCCCAGGAAUUCACACUUUCAGGAACUCAGAGGAAGCUGGAGCUUAGAGGGCUCAUAACUGGCAUUGGCUAUGAGGUUAUGAUCUCUGGCUUCACCCAAGGGCACCAAACCAAGCCCUUGAGGGCUGAGGUUAUUACAGAAGCUGAACUGGAAGUUGACAACCUUCUGGUUUCAGAUGCUACCCCAGACAGUUUCCGUCUGUCCUGGACAGCUGAUGAAGGGAUGUUCGACAGUUUUGUCCUCAAAAUCAGAGACACCAAAAAGCAGUUUGAACCACAGGAAAUAAUCCUCCCUUCCCCUGAACGUACCAGGGACAUAACAAAUCUCAGAGAGGCCACUGAAUAUGAAAUUGAACUCUAUGGAAUACGCAAUGGAAGGCGAUCCCAGCCAGUCAGUACCAUAGCAACAACAGCCAUGGGCUCUCCAAAGGAACUCAUUUUCUCAGACAUCACUGAGAACACAGCCACUGUCAGCUGGAAGGCACCCACUGCCCAGGUGGAGAGCUUCCGGAUUACCUACGUGCCGAUGAGUGGAGGGAUGCCCUCGAUGGUGACCGUAGAUGGGGCCACAAGGGAGGCCAGGCUGGUGCAGCUCAUCCCCGGGGUGGAGUACCUGGUCAGCGUCAUCGCCAUGAAGGGCUUCGAGGAAAGCGAACCAGUGUCAGGCUCACUCACCACAGCUCUGGAUGGUCCGUCCAGCCUGGUGAUGGCCAACAUCACUGACUCUGAAGCCUUGGCCAUGUGGCAGCCAGCCAUAGCCCCUGUGGACAGUUACAUCAUCUCCUACACAGGAGAGAGAGUGCCAGAAAUUACACGCACAGUGUCCGGGAACACAGCAGAGUAUGCUCUGACUGACCUGGAGCCUGCCACGGAAUACACACUGAGAAUCUUCGCGGAGAAAGGACCCCAGAAGAGCUCCACUAUCACUACCAGGUUCACAACAGAUCUGGAUGCUCCAAGAGAUUUGACUGCUUCUGAGGUUCAAUCAGAAACUGCCCUCCUCACCUGGCAACCUCCUCGGGCAUCAAUCACUGGUUACCUCCUGGUUUACGAAUCCCUGGAUGGUACACUCAAGGAAGUUAUCAUGGGUCCCGACACCACCUCCUACAGCCUGACAGACCUGAGCCCAUCCACCCACUACACAGCCAGGAUCCAGGCACUGAGUGGACCCCUGCGGAGCAAGCUGAUCCAGACUGUCUUCACCACAAUUGGGCUCCUGUACCCCUUCCCCAGGGACUGCUCCCAAGCAAUGCUGAAUGGAGACACCACCUCUGGCCUCUAUACCAUUUAUCUGAACAACGAUAAGGCCCAGGCUCUGGAAGUCUUCUGUGACAUGACCUCUGACGGCGGUGGCUGGAUCGUGUUCCUGAGACGCAAAAAUGGCCGUGAGGAUUUCUAUCGAAACUGGAAAGCCUAUGCUGCUGGAUUCGGGGACCGCAGGGAAGAAUUCUGGCUUGGGCUGGAUAACCUAAGCAAAAUCACUGCCCAAGGGCAAUACGAGCUCCGUGUGGACUUGCAAGACCAUGGAGAGACAGCCUACGCUGUUUACGACAGGUUCAGUGUGGGAGACGCCAAGACUCGGUACAAGUUGAAUGUGGAAGGGUACAGCGGGACAGCAGGGGACUCCAUGGCCUACCACAAUGGCAGAUCUUUCUCCACCUAUGACAAGGACACAGACUCAGCCAUCACCAACUGUGCCCUGUCCUACAAAGGAGCUUUCUGGUACAAGAACUGUCACCGUGUCAACCUGAUGGGGAGAUAUGGCGACAACAACCACAGUCAGGGAGUUAACUGGUUCCACUGGAAGGGCCACGAAUACUCGAUCCAGUUUGCAGAGAUGAAGCUAAGACCCAGCAACUUCAGAAAUCUAGAAAGUAGACGCAAACGGGCAUAAACUCCAGGGACAACUGGGUGAGAGAAGAGGAGGGCCCAGGGAAAGAAAAGGAUUUUACCAAAGCAUCAAUAUACCCAGUCCAACCAUCUGGCAACACCUGGGCAUUGGGCAAGAGUCAAGGCUGACCCCAGGCCAUGAGGCCACUGCAUCACCCACUCUGCGGUCACUUCCUUCACACCAAAGACAGCAGGCUGCAGCAGGCUUCUGUUUUGUUGUUUGACUCAGAAAAAUCCUUCCAGUGACAACAACACAAUGGUUUUUACUUCUCUUGGGUGGCUCUGGGGAUGGGAGAGGGGAAGACAGUGGUAGUUUGUUUUAGAACCAGCUGUAUUUUAAACAAAGCUAUAUAAUUAAUUGUCAUUAUUUUUGUUAGUAAAGAUAAAAUGUGUGUCAUUGGAAUUUGACCCCCCUUUUUUUACAUUUUCUACAACCCAAGUCAGAAAAGCAAUGCUGUUUUCCUUUCAAGGAGAUGAUUAAUAUUAUUAAUAUAAUAAUGAUGAUGAUGAUGAGGACUAAGGAUUUUUAAAGAGUUGUUCCUUUCCCAAAAACAUCUGGACAGUACCUGACUGUAUUUUUUUUUAAUAAAACCACAAGUACUUUUGA